AUGUUUAAUCAUCCGCCACGCAAGACUCUGAAAAAGCUUCAAUCAGACUGGAGCACACUUCAGAAUCUUGGAACCUUACCUGCUGUGCGCAACUAUGUUCGACUGUGGCAGAGUCUCUACCAGCAAUGUGUUGAUUGGAACCUGGAUCUUCCUCAGGGAAGGGAGAAUAGUUAUCUCGGGGAGAGAGCGUUCUUCGAAUCUCAGGUCCCUCCUGAUGAGCAGGCCGAGGCAUAUCGGCAUAUCCUCACUUUUCAGCCUUGGUUUGAUAGUACUCUUUUCUCUGCGUUCCUCGAUGAAGAAAAGAACCCAGGGGGUAAGGCCAAGAAGUGA